AUGGCGGGCAUGGUGUUCGGCUUGGAGAACCCGAUGAUGACGGCGCUGCAGCACCUGCUGGACAUCCCAGACGGCGAGUCCGGCCUCGCCGCCGGCGAGAAGCAGGGCCCGACGCGUGCCUACGUCCGGGACGCGCGCGCCAUGGUGGCCACCCCCACCGACGUGAAGGAGCUGCCGGGCGCGUACGCGUUCGUGGUGGACAUGCCGGGGCUGGGUUCCAGCGACAUCCAGGUGCAGGUGGAGGACGAGCGGGUGCUGGUGAUCAGCGGCGAGCGGAGGAGGGAGGAGAAGGAGGACGCCAAGUACCUGCGGAUGGAGCGCCGCAUGGGCAAGCUGAUGCGCAAGUUCGUGCUGCCCGAGAACGCCGACAUGGAGAAGAUCUCCGCCGUGUGCCGCGAUGGCGUGCUGACCGUCACCGUCGAGAAGCUGCCGCCGCCCGAGCCCAAGAAGCCCAAGACCAUCCAGGUCCAGUCCAGGCAGUGGCGUAGCUGUAGGGUGGCCAGGGUGGUCCAUGGACCACCCUGGAAUUUGGCCCAUUAG